AUGUACACAUCAACGGCAAAAAUGCCACCAGCCUUACAGCACAAGAUAAAACGGAAUGUAUUUCGUAUAGUUUCAGACGCUGAAGAAACCUUGCUCAGCAUGUCUCCUUAUCCCCAAAGCCAUUCUUCCCACUCAUCCUAUGGUCCUACUUCUCGUGCAUGUAUAUGGCACCAUUGGUCAAUAGCUUUUCGAGCUGGUACAUUGUUACGAGGGCACCAUACAAAUAAUUUCUGCGAGUCAACAAUGUGCAUAAUCAAGGAUAUUGUUCUCAGUAGAUGCAAGGCAUACAACACGGCCCAGCUACUGAUGUUUAUAGUCGAGAUUUUCGAUGUAUACAUGAGGGAACGAUUGGUCGAUGUGGCCUUGAGUAGGCGGCAUGUAAAGCCAAUAAUCUCGACCAAGGUUGCAUUAGACAGCGUUGAAUUGGUUGGCAAUUCUAAAUAUAAAGUACAGAGCGAAUCUGAUCCAACCAUAAAAUACGAUGUAGACCCCGAAAUUGGACUGUGCUCUUGCAUGCAAGGCCAAACUGGUGCUAUUUGCAAGCACCAAAUUGCAUGUGCGAAGUUUAGCAUGACAGCCGUGCCCCAGCAAUUUUUAAGUAGCAGUGAAAGUCGCCAUCGAUUAGCAGUUAUGGCUGUUGGCCAAGAGAAGGUCCCUGAUGUGGCAUCUUUUAGAAAGUUGAAUGAGGAUGGCGGCUUUGAGAUCACUGGCAAGGCAGAGAUAAAAGAAAUUGAUAGUGAGAAGACAGAAAAUCUGGAUAUGGAAGAGAAGCCACAGGAUCCAAUUUCUAGAACAGAGACAAUGUCAUCUUCAGAUGAUGAUGAUUUUGCCUCUAGGAAAAUAUCACGUGAUGUUGGAGAUGCCAUAGUUAGAAGAUUUGGAGCCAAGGACUCCGUAGCCAUUCAAGAAUUUGCAGAUUACGGCCUUCAGCCAGAACUUUGA